GUGUCAACUUGGCUCUGUUUGUACUGUGUUGUUGCUUAAUUUUAAUUGAUAGAUAUUUACAUAGCAUAUUUCUCUGAUACUAAUAAUACACACAGAUAUAAUGUCAGGCGACGAAUUCGAAGACGCAAAAGACCAUAUAGAAGAACAAGAUAACCAAAACAGCAACCUUGAGGAGAAAGAACAACAUGAACCUAAUGGAGAUACUGAAGCUGACAUUCAGGAAAAUCUAGAUGACAAAGGAGAAAACCAUGAUGAAUCCAAUAGUAAUGGUACCGCUAGUGAUGUUCCACCAUUGCCUAAUCGCAAAUCCAUUCAAGUUUGUAUCAGAUUGGACGAACCUGGAUCACCAUUAGGUCAAAAUUUCCAAUCUCAACAAGAGUCUAUUGAAAUGUUAUCGACUAUUCUGACUACUUAUGAUAAAUCCAGUUCUAAUUAUUUAUUACAAUCCAAGUUCAACCAAUUGAAUUUAAAGUUUCAUGAAAAGAAUAAUCAGGUUCAAGAGGCAGUAAAUACUGGAACAGAAAAUAUCAAGAAAACCUUUAAUGAUAUUAAGAAUACUGUCGGUGGAUUCAGUGAAGCUUUUGAAUAUAAAAUUGAUUGGGAUUUCUGGACUCAAAUUGUUAACGACUAUGACUAUGUGAUUAAUCAUGAACUGAAUAGACUCAAUGAAUUAAUUAUGUCUGGUAUCCCUAAGGAAUUUAGAGGGAUUAUCUGGCAAUUAGUUUCUAAAUCCAAGAAUUUUCAACUAGAGGAAUUUUACCUUCAUUUGAAGAGUGAAUCUUCAAUUCAUGAAAAGGCAAUCAAGAGAGAUUUGUCAAGAACCAGUUUCUUUACUAAUGUUGAACAAGUUAAUAAAGCUCAAGAAUUGUUUAAUGUUAUCAAAUCUUACAGUUUGUUUGAUCCCGAUGUUGGAUAUACUCAAGGAAUGAUUUUCAUUGCCAUUCCUUUAAUUAUGAAUAUGAGUGAAGCUGAAUGUUUUUCAUUAUUAGUUACUUUAAUGAAAGAAUAUAGGCUUCGAGAUUUGUUUUGUCCUGAAAUGAAGGGGUUACAUUUAAUGCUUUAUGAAUUUGAUAGGUUAUUGGAAUCAUACUCACCAGUAUUGUAUAAUCAUUUGGUCAAACAGGGGAUUAAAUCUUCAAUGUAUGCUUCCCAAUGGUUCCUUACCUUCUUUGCCUAUAAAUUUCCACUUGAUAUUGUCUUGAGAAUUUAUGAUAUUAUAGUAACUCAAGGAAUGGAAUCGAUCUUGAAAUUUGCCGUCAAUUUAAUGUUAAAGAAUGAAGCUAGUCUUUUGUCACUUUCGUUUGACAAUUUAUUGGAAUUUUUAAAGGAUAAAUUGUUUAAUAUUUACGUUCAUGAAGAGUUUAUUAACUUUAAAGAUGAUUCGACCAAACGAAGUUCAGGUUCUAGAUUCUCGUUAUUACCAAGUUCAAAGAGUUCAAAUUCGACAACUACUACUGGAUCGGCGAUAAAAGGACAAUAUUACAAAUUAGAUUCUUUGGUUCAAGAUUCAAUGAAGAUUAAUCUUGAUCCAGUUGAAUUAACAAAGUAUGAAAACGAAUUUGAAAAUAUAUACAACAAUGAAAAAUCAAAGGUUGACGAUAUCAAACAAAUCAAGCUCGAGAAUGGGAACUUGAGACAUAAAAUAAAAGAACUUGAAACUAACUACGCUAAACUUAAUAUGGACCAUAUUGAAAUUGUUCAAGAAAUGGUUGAUUUGAAAGUUACAUUACCAGAUGUAAUUAACGAUAACGAAGAUUUAACUAAUAGUAUAGAGCAAUUAAAAUGUGAUAUACAAGCAUUAGAAUCGAAAAUGCUGGAAAGUCCAUCUACAUCAACCAGCGAUAUCAAUUCAAAGGCAUUACCAGUUGAAAUUGAAAAUAAUAUUCAAGAAUUAUUAAAAGUCAAUGCUGAAGAAACUGAACGAGCAGUUAAUUUAGAAGAAGAACUACUGACUUUAUUAGAAGAGCAAAACACUCUUGAACAAGAAUUGAAGAAAUAUAGCAAGAGUGGUGGUUGGUUUAGUUGGGGUAAAAAGGCAUAGAUGUUUAUAUAUACCAGUAAUGUACUAGAAAUUGUAUCACGUG